GUGAGAGUGCUGCAGGAGAUAAGAACGAUACCUACUUUUCAGGCGUACUGCUACACGCAAUAGAUCUGUAGUUUCCAAUCCUUACGUAAAGCUACCAAUUCUGUUUAUGUGUCGCAUGUCGAACUAGUUCUUCAUCCCAUGGAUGACUCAGAUCGUCUAUGCGGAAGUCUACGUAAACAAGGAUGCCUUUUCGAAGGGCGAACAAAUGAUAUGACGCAGGUGGUGCGAAUGGCGCUGCGUGCGUCAGCAUUGGUAGGGCUCCUAAGCUCGACCAGCGCUUUUGCCAAUCACGCUGUGCAGCCACGAAACCUUUACGACCAUUUCGGGCCCAAUGGCUGCGUGCAGCUCUCGGUCGAUGCAGCGUCGCAGCACUGUGUGGUGGAGACGUCGAAAUGCGCGAAUGCAGAGGAUCUAGCGAACACGGAGUUUGCUUUCGUAUGCCACGAUCAGUCAAAGCGGAGUGUGCAUUCGUUUGGCCGUGGUGGCUUCAAGCAGAACGAGAGAUUCGUGACACAGACGCGAUGCCCAGCAGGAUGCUUUGCAUUCAGUUCUAACGACAUCGAUCUCAAUGGAAAGAAGGAAUUUGCGGCGAAGCGAGGCCCGGUUUCACCGACUGGAGGGAAGCGAAUGAUGGCAGCGAGUAGAGCGAUUCCAUUUGCAGCAGCCGGCGAGAGCCGAGCAGCGAGUGGACGGGAAGCGCGAAACGCUGAGGAUGCAGGAAAGGCGGCAACUGCAGCGACAGGAGGAAGCAGUGAGGUACUUAUCUUUGUAUCCUUACAAAUUCUUGGAAAAUCAUAAUUCAUAAAUUUCGGAAGUGUCGUUCAUAUCUGAAGAUCUAUUUGCUGCUAGCUCAGCGAGGAACGUCUGACCCUUUCGUAUCGUUAGUGAAAUCGAAUCAUGAUAGAUUCCCAAUCCCCGUUCAAAUCAAAAUCAGUGGCUCUUAUGAAAAAGCAGACCGAUUGGCUCUUGAAUCCCGGAUCCUCAUGAAACUUUGUCAUUCAUCCAUCACAUAGAUAGGAGAUCAAAUACAACGGUUCUACGAUGGAAGGAUAACGGGAAUCAAAAUUUUCUAAAGUUCUUGAAAGAACGAUAGAUUGAUCCCGUUGCUUUGCACUCCCAACGGAUUCAUAUUUUUGAAUUUGAACACAUUGCAGAUCCACAAAAGAAACCAGAUCUUUGAUCGAUGAUGAAGAACCGUCGAUAAACGAGCAAAUUUUCCGGCUUUGCUUCAAAUAACCUAAGACGGACGUUACCCUGAAGGUACAUGCUGCAUCAUCCAAGCGCUAAUCACUCCUCCUAAACUUAAAACAGGGACCAUACGAAAGCAUAGCUUCUCGCUAUCUAAACUCUUCUAUUCUAUCUGUUUUCCAAAACAGCCCAAACAAACAAAAUGACCGAGGGAAAGGAGCAUUUGUCGAUCGUGAUCUGCGGUCACGUCGAUUCCGGUAAGUCGACCACGACGGGUCACUUGCUCUUCGAGUUGGGUGGUAUCCCGGAGCGUGAGUUGGAGAAGCUGAAGGCUGAGGCUGACCGUCUUGGUAAGUCCUCCUUCGCCUUCGCGUUCUACAUGGAUCGCCAGAAGGAGGAGCGUGAGCGUGGUGUCACCAUCUCCGUCACCACCAAGGAGUUCUUCACUGAGAAGUGGCACUACACCAUCAUCGAUGCCCCGGGACAUCGUGAUUUCAUCAAGAACAUGAUUACCGGUGCUUCCCAGGCCGAUGUCGCUCUUAUCAUGGUGCCGGCUGAUGGUACUACAAAGAUUUACAUACACUUUUCCUUAGGCCGGUGAUAUACACAUGUUUUAGAUACCAAGAACCGUCAACGUGUCGCGAACUUGAGUUUCGAAGAUUUGUGGCGAAAUCAGAUUUCACCGAAUUGUCGUAUUGAAUUGUAGCACGACUAUCAGUUAAUUUGUGGUUCGUCUUUUACCAUGCUGCACUGUCGUUAAUAUGGUGAUCUCUUGAAAGUCUUCGACAUCGAUACGUACAAGGAGUUUACAUUCAUCCUUUGUUGCUUCACUACUCUUUUUCUCUCGUGACGACGACAUCUCUUAACUCACAACAGGUAACUUCACCACCGCCAUCCAGCGUGGUAACCACAAGGCUGGUGAGAUCCAGGGACAGACUCGUCAGCACUCUCGUUUGAUCAACUUGUUGGGCGUCAAGCAGAUCAUCAUUGGUAUUAACAAGAUGGAUUGCGACACCGCUGGUUACAAGCAGACCCGUUAUGACGAGAUCGCCAACGAGAUGCGCAACAUGUUGGCCAAGGUCGGAUGGAAGAAGGACUUCCUCGAGAACCAGGUUCCGUACAUGCCGAUCUCCGGUUGGUGCGGUGACAACUUGGUCAAGAAGACCACCAACAUGUCCUGGUGGAAGGGUGCUGACGUCAAGGUCGGCUCCGAGACCGUCCACGUUGACACUCUGUACGACUGCUUGAACAACAUGUGCCGCGUUCCGGAGCGUCCGAUUGAUGCCCCGAUGCGUCUCCCGAUCUCCGGAAUCUACAAGAUCAAGGGUGUCGGUGAUGUCUUGGCCGGCCGCGUCGAACAGGGAAUCGUCAAGCCCAACGAAGAAGUCAUCUUCUUGCCGACUCACACCGCCGCCAACGCCUGCGCCGGAAAGGUCUUCCAGAUCGAGAUGCACCACAAGUCCGUGCCGGAGGCCAAGCCGGGUGACAACGUCGGUAUGAACGUUAAGAACUUGGACAAGCAGAACAUGCCGCGCUCCGGUGACGUCAUGAUCUACAAGAAGGAUACCACCUUGUCCGCCGUCAAGGCCUUCGAUGCCCAGAUCCAGGUCCUCGAUAUCCCGAACGAGAUCAAGAUCGGUUACUCCCCGAUCGGUUUCGUCCGCUGCGGACGCGCUGCGUGCCGAAUUUCCGCCCUCAAGUGGAAGAUGGGUAAGGAGACCGGUGGUAAGAAGAUGGAGGAGCCGCACUCCUUGAAGUCCAACGAGAUGGCCCAGGUCACCUUCGAACCGCAGCAGCCGCUCGUCGCUGAUUCCUUCAAGAACUGCGAGGGUCUCUCCCGUGUCGCGUUCAUGGACGGAAACGGUGUUGUCAUGUUGGGAAAGGUGGUCUCCGUCGAGGCCAAGGUCUUCGAGGCCAAGAAGAAGUAAAUCCACAUCGUCUCUCCUAGUUGAAAAACUACAAACGGGAUUCACGAUGGACAGCUUCACAGCACGCGACUUCUGCUACACAACUUCUUCCACCUUUCCGCAGUAGUUCUUGCAAUGAGAAGAGGAAUCGGUUCUAACGACCAUGCGUUUCAACUUCGGAGAAGCCAGAGGGAGCUGUAAAAAUUUACCAUCUUGCUUCAGCAAGUGGGGUUUCGACCAAGAGACGGUAUUGGUGUAGCGACUAGAUGGAGGCGUCGUCUCAAAGGAAGCAGAUAGAAGAGAAGGUCAGCAAAGCUUUGCACAUGAAUGUCAGGAGCAUUUUGAUGUUCCUUUGAAUUCAUAGACGAUGACGGCAUAUCGUGAGGAGGAAAGUGCUUAGCAAAAAGAGAAAUGCUAGAUCCGGAGGAGCACUAUCUUCUUGACACAAGUGUGUCCGUGUUCCAAUAAUUGAAAUUAUCGGUUGCUGCAUCGCAUGUAAUUCAUAUUCGGUUGUAGUUUCACGUUCGAAGAAGAGUUGUUGUGACCCAUCGAGUGUACAUGUAAAAAACAAAGAGCACACCUUGUCUGUGAUCCACGCGCGAAUGCGAAAAGAGUCUCGGCAUUGUAGCAUUGUAGCUAAUUCAGAGAGCGCCCAAUUUUUAGGUCCUCACCGCCGUCAAGGAACUGAAAUCCGAAGUCCGCUCACUGGAAGCGCGUUUGUCGACGUUGGAGGUGGCUGUGGGGCAAAACGCCUCUACUCGAUCUGGACCCCUUACAACGGCAUCUGGAGCUGGACCCUCUACAACAAGUGGACCCUCUACAACAACAACGUCGUUUCUCGCGCGUCGUGGUGAUGAGCCAUCGUUGGCGGAGCUAGUGCAGGCUCAGAGUGGCGAUUAUGCGCCCUUCGAUGAUGACGUGUUUGGAGCGACGAGAGAACAGGAAGACGGCCUCUCACCUGAGAGGGAAUCAGCAGGAGGAGCGUCUGAUGCGGCGUCUGCUUCAUCGGACUCUGAGGCUUCUACCGGCCCAGCUUCAGCGAAAGAGAGUUAUGACAGUUACCAGAAGGAAAUCCGUGAAUUCUACCUGCUGAGUUCAUAGACCUUCAAGCAGAAUUUUUUUUUCUUCCUGGCCCUGCGAACUGUUAUGAGCAAAAUCUCUCUCUUCUACUCUAUCCGCUAAUGUCAAAACCAGUCGCCUCCCACUGCAAACACUGUGCCGGUUCCAGGAUUGAUGGAGGACUAUGCUGAACGAAACAGAGUAGCACUUUUGCAGAGGACCACAGUUAACAUGGAUGACGUUUCGGAGUAUUAGGAUUUACACGAGAAAACGCACUAAACCAAGGGUUUUCUGAGAAUUUUGGCUUGAAGUAUGUGCCGUUAUUUCUUCCAUGUACAAAAAUGGUAUCGGGCAGCACAAGUAUAUCUUCUUACCGUCGAUCUCCCGAAUGUUUUUUCUAUUGGACGACUUACGAUAUGUGUGAGUCCUAUGACCAGCUGAGCUUCGGAACAGAAGUUCUCUCGUGGAAAGCCACGAUCUAUGUAAUGUUUCUGGUGCUCUUGCUGCUGAAGCGGAGCGCUUCCUCGAGUGGAGGACUCUAUGAG